AUGUAUGUGGAACAAUUUAGACGGGCAAGUGAGGAAGGUUCAUCCGCCUUUUGGUGGUCACAAGGAGUUAGGAUAUCUGGAAAUCUAUUUCUUUCUUCCCCUCGAAUGAAAGAGAACCGGAUUCAUAACAUAGUGGGUAGCUUCAACACAAGCCCCAAUUGGAUCAAACUAAUUUUGGCUGAAUAUAAUGCAGGGGCACAAACAGGUGUUUGUUACGGAAUGAUUGGCAACAAUUUACCAUCUCAACAAGAAGUUGUGGAUCUAUACAAAUCCAACAACAUCCAAAGGAUGAGACUCUAUUAUCCAGAUCAAGGAGCUCUCCAGGCCCUAAGUGGCUCCAACAUUGAACUCAUGUUGGGUGUCUCAAAUGAUGACCUUCAAGGCAUAGCAAGCAGCACUUCCACUGCAAAUGACUGGGUACAGACUAAUGUGGCACAGUACUCGUCUACUGUAAAAUUCCGGUACAUCGCCAUCAGCAAUGAAGUCAGUCCUGUCAAUGGCAAUUCUCAAUAUGUAAACUACGUUCUCACCGCCAUGCAAAAUAUUCAAAGUGCAAUUUCAGCAGCUGGCUUGCAAAUCACAGUGUCCACAUCGGUUGAUUUUGGACUCCUUGGGACCCCCUACCCUCCAUCCCAAGGUGCUUUCAGAUCCGAUGUGAGUUCAUAUAUAGACCCAAUUAUAUCUUUCCUUGCCGAAAAUGGGGCACCACUACUAGCAAAUGUGUAUCCUUACUUCAGUUACAAGGAUAACACUGGUUCCAUCUCUCUUUCCUAUGCCCUUUUCACAUCCUCAUCAGUUGUGGUGACAGAUCCAUAUAGUAACCUUGGAUACCAAAACCUGUUUGAUGCCAUGAUGGAUGCUCUCUACUCUGGUCUAGACAAGGCAGGUGGUUCCAGUGUUGGAAUUGUUGUAUCGGAGAGUGGUUGGCCAACCACAGGAGGAACCACAACAACAGUAGCAAAUGCAGAGACUUACAACAACAAUCUGAUUCAACAUGUAAAGAAUGGAACACCAAUGAAGUCUGGGAGGCCUGGGUAUUUGGAGACUUAUGCGUUUGCCAUGUUUGAUGAGAAUGAAAAGAAUCCUGAGUUAGAGAAGCACUGGGGUUUCACUCCUGAUAAACAACCCACAUACCAAUUCAGCUUCUCCUAA